GCGGCAGAAGUGGCGCGGCGGGUCGGGGAAGCGCGGUGAGAGCAACGAGAGCGAGGCGCCCGGCCGCGGGAGACGUGUCAGCUGGUGUUCGACGCGACGUCUGGGGCCGCGGCUGUAGGGAGAUCAGCGCCGAGCGUCACUCCGUGGUCCGCCGGUAGUUCGGCUCGCCGCCGAGAGAUGGCGACGUCGGGACCCCGCUGCCGCGGCUCGCGCUACAAACCGUACAACGGCGCGGUGGCACGCUACAACGGCUACCGCGUUACCAACCCGUUCAUGUGGCCGCGUCAGGAGCGCAGCGAGCGCGCCUGGUGGGGGCCGUCCGUGUUCGGGCCGCCCUGGUGGGCGUUCCUGCCCAACACCCCCAGCUUUCCGUGCGGCGUGGUGGCGCUGUUGCGCACCACCAACGCCUCCAUCGGCAUUCUCCGGCACAUCGUCGGCUUCCUGACGCGCUGCAGCGAGACGGCCGGUCAGGGGGCGCAGCAGCCGGACGAGCCGCCGCCCCAGGCCGCUGGUGGCGCCGCCAAACGGUGCGGCGUCGAAAACCACAAUCAUAUGGAUGAGGUGUUCGCGAUCUCCCGCUUCUGGCUGUCAACAGAGAUAGGCACGAACCCGAGCAAGCAGGACAUCACAUUCCUGUGCAACGCCGCCAGCCGGAGCACCGACGACAUCCAGACGGUGGUGCUCGGCGACGGCGCAGAGGGCACCACCAUCGACGCCGAGACAGGCGAGGUGUCGCUCGUCGCGCGCGACGACGAGUCCGGCGAGACCGUGCUCGUGCACGCCGUGCGCGACCUGACGCACGAGAUCGUGCUCACGCAAAGCCUGUACGAGAUCGACGUGCGUCGCCAAUACUUCAGCGACCCGUCGAAAUAUGGCCACCUUCUGCGAGAGCUGGAGCUGCUGCAGCCGCCGCCCAGCCGGCGGAUAGGGCGCCACCUGCCGGCCACCGGCGACGCGCUCGAGGUGCUGUCUGUGGACGCGCAGCAGCUGCUGCAGCUGUGCGUUGCGUACGGCUUCAGCGAGGCUGAGACGCGCCGCGUGCUGGAGCACUUCCACUUCGUGCGCGCGCGGCUGGAAGGCGCGCCACCCCUGGAGCCGGCGUCGGCGCCAGCCGGCCUGUCCUGUCAGAUCAGCGCCGCCGAGGACAUGGACACGGACGGCGGCGACUUCCUCACGCGCCACGAGGCCGACCUGACGCGCGGCGAGCACGUGCCCGUCCACUGGAUGGACGAGGAGUGGGACGAGUCCGGCCGGCGACGGCUGACGUUCGAUGCGGACAGUGGCGAGUGCUGCUGA